AUGGUGAUAUACCUCGCCACCGAGGACCCCGAGGAGGAAUCCACGAGAGACCGAACUGACCCCGAGGAGCAACCCGAAACCGGAGAUCCCCUCGAGGACAUGGAAACCCCGAGACCAGCUUCGGAUUACGUGCUCAAGCACGUACUUUUCGUCCGGUUACAACCUAACCAGGAGAGGAGCAACCAGCACCAUCCGGACCAGCAUAGGAGCAUCCAGGACCAUCCGGACCGGGAGAGGACCGUAAGUGACCGUCCUGACCACGAGAGGUCCAUCCGGGAUCAUCAGGAUCUCGAGAUGCAGGAUCGGGAUCAUCGGGAUCUCGAGGUGCGAGAACAGGAUCUCGAGGUGAGUGACCGGGAUCAACGGGAUCUCGAGGUGCAAGAACCGGAUCUCGAGACACGAGAUAGGGAUCAUCCUGACCUCGAGGGACGUGACCCGAAGGAUCCUGACCCCGAGGGAAGUGACCACGAGUAUCCAGACCCCGAGGACCCCGAGAUCAUGAAGCAGAUGUGCGAGGGUGAAGACCCGGAGCAUCGACCCGGAGGGAACGACAACGAAGACGACGACAGGCGAGUUCUUCUGCAGUGGCUGACUGGUCCCGAGUAG